AUGGUUGUUGAUCCGGAGAAGACCGCGGCUGGAGAGGCCUCCGAGGCCACACCAUUGCUGCAGAAGUCGGGUCCUGUCGUGUCUCCGCAGGCGUGUUAUCAACAUCAACUACUGCUCCGGUGUUUUUUAAACCUGAAAAACACAGUAUCCAAAGCGACGGGUCUAUUCAAGGCAGAGUAUGACUACGAAAUCAAGUCCGAAGUGGACCCGAUAGCUCGACAAUCCAUGGUGGAGGAGCGCCGAUGGUCAAUCUAUACCUCACGGGCUGUUCAUCGAUAUUCCGUUUGGUGGGCUCAGAUAUUAGCAGAUUCGGAGAUGUCAUCCUGUGAAAAAUGUAGUAUAUCAGAGAAGCCGUGUGCACGCCACAGCGGAUGGUCAUGGACAGGGGACGAGUUACCUCCAUUAGAUGUUCUAAUGAUAUUCCAUGCAUUGACUCUACAUCAUAGAUCCUUCGGAGAGGACUGCUUUCGACAUAAAAAGAUGGCACUAUGGAACGAAGGGUUCCCCCUCCAGCUAGUCUCACAAUGUAUCGAACCGGAUAACCUCACUUACUCGUGCCCCGAGUCCUGCAAACUGCACUUCGAAGGCAUGACAAAGUUGGCUUGGGACAAUGUUGAUGACUCUGGUGGUGUGUCUAUUGAAUGCCCUCGAUGUCAGAACCAAACCGUUGUGCCGUGGUCGACGCGGCGCAGAAAAGGCCUUGCAGAGGAAUUGUUGCAAUACUGCCAAUCGUGCAAAUAUGGUCUCGGAAACCACGUUCUUGUUGUCCGGAAGCUUCGUCAAGACUUAUAUCUACUGCUGCGUAGAGAUCUUCCAUUGCCAGGGACCUGCUGGAGCGUGGAGGAAAAGCACGGCAUUUUGACUCCUAACAAGGCACCAAAUGAGUUUGUCAAACGAUACCUCAUGAGCAUGCUUCUCGAAGAGACGCGCCCAACGAAUCUUUUCCCAAAUAUAAGCCAAACCAUCGAAUCCCUUGGCCGAACAGUGGUGAAGCCAGCUCUACCUAUGAUUCAUGAUAUCUUUGAGCACUAUCAAUAUGUGGAGAAUUCUUCCUGCAAUCUGCGUGCUGCUGUUACGAGGGUGUUGGAGUCGGCAUCAGCAAUGCAGGAUACAAAUCUGUCCGAAACUGAUUUCGACUCACCACACAUGGUGACUCAGUACAUCGCGUUCCUGCGAGGGCAAGGCAAGGGGUUCUUAUCGGGGGGUCCUGAUCUGUCCGAGAUAGAUUUGACGGAUCCUACUAUGUGGGUCUGGAGCACGCAUUUGCUGACGCCGCGUUCAUACUCGGAAUUCUUCCGGCGCGUGGGCAAUGGUCUGCCCGUAGAUUGGCAGCCGCCUCAUUCUCCGAAAUGCAGUUUGUGCCUUACGAUGCGUCCUCCUUCAUUUGCUCGUCGGUUCUUCCAGGGACUCGUUUCCUUGUCAGCGUGGAAGGAGUUCAUGGAGGCUGCCGCGUAGGAUGCUUUAUGCGAUCUCGCUUCUGCCGGGCAGUGGAAAGACGAUUAACUCGAUCUCUGUCAGCGAGGCAAGAGAU